UAAACUAUAAUGAUUAUGAUUUAGGUAUAUUUUAUCAUUUUAUCUUAGUUUGUGUCGGUGGUUGUUACUUGUUGUAGACGGUAGUGUUGCGGUGCGGCCGCGUAGGAAACAAUUAUAACUUAUCUGAUUGGUGCCCUAGAAUUGAAAGCUUAUCGCCAUAGUUUCGGAAGCUGCACGGUAUAUAACGUUGUAUCCGAUGCCGGUGCUGUUUCAGUCAACACAAUUUUUAUGAGUAUAUAAAGUGAUUCUCUCGUCGACCAUUGAACCUGGAUGGUGAUAAAUACAAAAACAUGAGUGCCUUUCUUUAUUUCAUAGGUCUAUUUUUAUUAUUUGCAAUAAACACUGAGGCAAAUUCCAGCAAUCCAGCUGUGAAGAUCUUCACAGUGGCUACAGAAGAGACCCAUGGCUUGCAAAGGUUCCUGCGCUCAGCUAAAUUGCAUGGCAUCGAUGUUGAAGUACUGGGCAUGGGACAGAAGUGGUCUGGAGGUGAUAUGAACCACCCAGGUGGCGGUCAGAAAGUCAGGCUGCUGAAGCAGAAACUUUUCUCCUUGCAGAAAUUACCUGACAGAGAUCAAAUCAUCAUAUUCACUGACAGCUAUGACGUAAUGUACUUGGCGGGACUGAACGUAAUUGUGGACAAAUUCAAAAGUAUGGACGCACGAGUACUGUUCGCAGCGGAACCUUUCUGCUGGCCUGAUGCGAGUCUGGCCAAGAAGUAUCCGAACACUACUGUUAUGAAUCCAUAUCUGAACUCUGGAGGAAUUAUAGGUUAUUUGACUGAACUAAAGAAAGUGUUGAACUACAAAGAGAUACGCAACCGGGACGAUGACCAGCUGUUUUACACUGAAGCAUUUUUGAACGAGGACCUGAGACUUACCUACCGGCUCGCUCUCGACCACAAGUCGCAGAUAUUUCAAAAUCUCAACGGUGCCUUGUCUGAUGUGCAACUUAUAACAAAUUCUACAACGGAAAGUCCAUAUUUGCUAAAUGUUGUGACCAAUGAACGCCCUUUAAUCGUCCAUGGCAAUGGACCAUCAAAAAUUACUUUGAACCAUUUUUCAAACUAUUUGAACAAUGCUUGGUCGGUUAAAGACGGUUGCGUGCUGUGCCAGGAAAAAAAGAUCGAAUUGAACGAUGAUGAAUUGCCGACUGUUAUGCUAGCGGUAUUCAUAGAACAGACAACUCCCUUUAUGGAGGAAUUCUUGCAGCAACUCUUGGACAUAGACUAUCCUAAAAAGAAGUUACAUCUGUAUUUACAUAACAAUGUGGAAUAUCAUGAGACCCAAGUUGCCAAGUUCUUCAGUGCAUAUUCCAGGGAUUAUCUCAGCGCCAAGAGUAUUAAACCAACAGAUUUCAUCUCAGAAGGUGAAGCCAGGAAUAUUGCAAAGGGGCGAUGCACCAAUAGCGAAUGCGACUACCUAUUUUCAGUGGAUAGCUUAUCACGACUACAACCAACGACUCUUCGCUAUUUACUGUCGACUGGUUACGAUGUGGUUGCGCCCUUGUUGGUCCGUACUGGUCAGUCUUGGUCCAAUUUUUGGGGGGCCAUCAACUCAGCUGGGUAUUACGCUCGCUCUGCGGACUAUAUAGACAUUGUCUAUAGGAAUAUUGUGGGCAUCUGGAAUGUGCCAUUCAUUACCAACUGUUACCUGAUGAAAAUGGCCCUGUUUCGUAAGGAAUCAGCAAAGGCUGUUUCUUACAUAAAAGAUGAUCUCGACGCAGACAUGGCUUUCUGUGCAUAUUUACGUGACCAAGGAAUAAUGAUGCACGUAAGCAAUGAGCAGGAGUUAGGACAUCUUGUGAACCCCGAAAGCUUUGACAUAAGUCGCAAACACCCAGACAUAUACCAAGUUAUCGACAACAAGCUAGACUGGGAGCGUCGUUAUAUACACGACCAAUAUUAUGACAACUUUGCUGAAGGGCGCAAUCACUCGAUGCCUUGCCCUGACGUGUAUUGGUUCCCUAUGACUACUCUUCGAUUUUGUCGCGAAUGGAUUGAAGUUAUGGAAGCAUAUGGACAAUGGAGUGACGGCAGUAAUCAGGAUAGGCGACUCGAUAGCGGCUAUGAAGCUGUACCGACGCGGGAUAUUCACAUGAACCAAGUUGGUUUGGAGAAACAAUGGCUUUAUAUACUGAAGACUUACGUGCGCCCUCUACAGGAGCAAGUGUUCACCGGCUACUAUCACAACCCGCCGGUUUCGCUCAUGAACUUCGUCGUACGCUACCGCCCAGACGAGCAGCCAUCUCUGCGGCCGCAUCACGACUCAUCCACUUACACCAUAAACCUUGCUUUGAAUACUCCAAAAAUUGAUUACGAAGGCGGUGGAUGUCAUUUCCUUCGCUACAACUGCUCCGUAAGGGACACCAAGCCCGGUUGGCUGCUCAUGCAUCCCGGCCGCUUGACACACUUCCACGAAGGCCUACGUGUCACCAGCGGUACGCGAUACAUAAUGAUCUCCUUCGUAGAUCCAUAGACGUUUCAAAUAUUCACGUUUAGCCCUCAUUCGCACGAGAGAUUUUUUUCCAACCUUUAAGUAUGGACGUCAUUUUUUUUAAUACUACUGUGGACGUGGAGUCUCACAGGUUCCUAUAUGCAGACAUUUUUUUUUCGAGAAAACUGAUAUAAGAACGCUUUAAAACGGAUUGAAUAUUAAAGUUAUGGGGUGUAGCAAUAAAAUAACUUAUAAAAUCAACGUUUACUUCAAAAAAUAUAGAAUUUUUUAAAAUCAAAAAUUAUGGUACUUUUUAGAACUUAUUUCUAUAACAAAAUGAGUCCUUUUUCUCAAAAUAUAAUAAAUCAGUAUCCAAAAACGUAAAACACCUAUUUCUGGUAGCAAAUAUUAAUUUUGACAACAGUAUGUUAACGUAAAUUUACUGGCAGUCUUACCAACCUUAGGUAGUUUUACAGCUAAAACUAAAGCUACUGAGUCGCUCAAUCGCGGGAAGUGGAGAGAAUUAGGUAAACGAAGAAAACGAAAAUAUUGAGUAGCCUGUGGGACUCCACGUCCAUGCUUAAAUUAAAAAAAAAGCGUUCAAAUACAACAAAUGCAUUCCAAAGUAUAUGUUCACACGACAGCGUUUUUGAAACGCAACGCUUUUUUUCGAGCAGUGUUGCAUUUUAAAUUUUUGGGAAUAGACCUUCGUUUAACUUCAUAUUUGAAUGCUUUUUUAACGUUCUUUAAAAAAAAUCUCGUUCGAAUGAGGGCUCCAGCUAUAUGCGCGUAUAGGUCCGGGCAAGUAACUUGAACCUAAUUUAGUCGUCUUAUUAUAAAAGAAGUGUUAAACGCAUGCUUGCCAUGCCCAGAAAAUGACUAAAAUCUUUGAAAUUGUUCAAAUAACAGGGCCGUGCUAUAAUAAAAUAAGAUAAACAUACACUGACCUUUUGUUGUAAGGAUUACAACAAAAGGUUACAUGACUUUUGGGAUUACAACUACUUACUCGUUAACACCUAAAAUUGAGUUACUGAUCAUGGUUCAACUUAUAGGCCGUGUCCUAUAAAACUGAGUAAAAUUGUAAUAAUAUUGUUAGUAUGUCACUUAGUAAAUAUGCAAAAUGAACGGUUCCGGUUUGCUGUUUCCUAAAAUUAAAAAAAAAAACACCAUAAAAACUAUCGUCGUUAGAAGAAUUCUAAAAAAAGAAGCCAAAUCGGUUCUGCCGUUUUCGAGAUUUGCGCUUAACAACACAUUUUAUACAUUAAUUUUUAUAUUAUAAGAUAGAUUGUCUAAUUAAUGUAUUUUUUUUACUCAUAUAACAAAUUGCCUUAUUUUAAGAAUUAUGUCGUGAAGCUUGAGUUAUCUUUGUGAUAAAUCUUAUUUCAUCGGCAGCAAUUGCAUUUUUUUAGUUUUAAGAUUAUUACAUUAUAUUCAUGUUGCACAAACGUAAGGAUAUUUACAUAUUGCAUUUUUAACGUCUGAUUGAUCUGAAUUUACAAUGUUUGUAAUUAAAUAAGCUCUCUUAAUUAUAUAUUAACCAAAGAAGUUUUAAUAUUUUACCAAUUAACAAUAUUAAAAUAAAGUAGUCAGAGUAA